AUCUCCUCUUCCAUCAAAGCUGGUUGGACUUGAUUGGGAUAGUGUGGGUUCUGACAAUUUUAGUGUCGGAGUGGGUCUGUCCAUCGCAUCACCGACUCAUUACUCCUCCAGAUACAUGGCUGAUCAAACUUUUCACACACCCAAUUUCGGUGACGAGGAGUUCGACAUUCCUCCCAUUGCUCCGCACUCCCACGAUCCCAACAUUCAUCACUACUCGCAUAUGCACGGAAUGCACGGUGUAAAUCAGGGUCAACAUCCACAACAGCAUCAACACUACUCUCCAAUGUAUUUACCUGAGCACAUGACAACACCGAUGACAAUGAAUUCCCCCGUCUCAUAUGGAAGUCCACCAACGUACACGAACCUGUCGAGUCCACACCCACCAUCGCACUCACCCAUGGGGAACCCGCAGCAGCAGCACAUGUUGCACCACUCUCGGCCUGGGCCACACCCACCUCGACAGUCAGUCAUGGGCACCAAUGUACCUCUGAGACGAUCUCCUUCAAACAACUCCUCCGUGUCGCCAGCAAAUCCUGAAUCACAUUCUGAGGACAGUGACGACAGCGUUCCUCUGGGCGUAGGUGCUGUUCCUGGAGUGAUGGGAGUGGUUGGGAAGCGACCCAGUCCAGAACCAGAUCGGACUGCAAUGGCCCCCGUCGCCGAGAAGAAGAAGAAGGCGCAAAAGAAGAAAAAGAAACGAGACCCUAACGAGCCACAAAAACCAGUAUCUGCUUAUGCCCUUUUCUUCCGCGAUACCCAAGCAGCCAUAAAAGGACAGAACCCAAACGCUUCGUUUGGAGAGGUUUCGAAAAUUGUGGCAUCAAUGUGGGACGGGUUGGACGUUGAUCAUAAAAAUGUUUACAAGAAAAAGACAGAAGCUGCAAAGAAGGAAUAUUUGAAGGCUCUGGCAGCCUAUCGUGCGUCUCUGGUAUCUAAGGGGGCUCCUACCGAUUCUCCAGACGGGAGUGGCAUGUAUCCACCUCCAAGCUUUAACCAAAGCAUAGCUAACUCACAACAUUACCAACAACAACAACAAGCACCGCCACAAAGUUAUUACGGAAAUCAAUCUCAAGGAGGAGCACCCCAGCAUAAAAAGUCACCACCAGCACAGCAACAAACACAACAAGGGUCAACAAUGCCCCCACCCAACCAGCAACCCCCACAUCUUAACCAGCAGCAACCAGGACACAGUCACGCAAUGAUGCAACAACAUCAUCACUUGGAAUCACAGCACUCUCAGCAGCAGCAGUAUGGUCAUGGAGGAAUGGGUCAUAAUCCUACGUACAUGAACACGAUGGGAGAUGGGCAGCAUGGGAUGGCAAAUUCACCAAAUAUCCACCCCUCUGGAGGUGGAGGAGGUCAUGGUCAAAUGAACCCUGGUUCUGGAGUAAAUCCGAUGGUGGCCGAAGGUCAAAAUCACUCGCAUGGACGCGUUCACUGUGUUCGUAAUGGAUGUAGUAACGUCGCAUCGAACCCUUCAGAGGCCGAUAUGCAAGGAUAUGAUGAGGGUUAUUGUUCAUCGCAAUGCGUCGUGACUCACUGUCGGGAUGUCUUCACAAAUUGGGUGUCUACGAAUCAGUCUGGAAAUCCCAACUAUGGCGGCGGUAUGAAGUACACAACAUCAGCUUCAAGUACAGUUGUGGGUCCGGACGGUCUGUCAUACGUCACUUAGAUAGGCAACAUUGUAUGUAAUAAUUUUAUGACGGUGCACUACGAAAGUAUUGAAUAAUUUAUUUACAAUCAGAUACAAUUUAUUUUCCUUAAAAGCUUUUUCUUAUUUUCUGCAUGUGGAUUUUAUCAACACAUUAUUUUAAGGCUUUUAGACUUUCCUGAAAAAUGGGUAAUGAAGUGAAAGUUGGUUCAUUAGGUGGAAGUGCAGAAUCAGUCAAAUAUAAUUUUGCACUAUAAUUUGGCAUUUAUACAUAGUUCCAUUUUCUUGAAAAGUACAAUUACCUUCUCCAUACCAGAUAGUAAAAUAAGAAUAUAUUGUCAAUACUGAUUUAUACACUUUUUAUUUAGAAUUUUGAGAACAUGGGUAUUUUAUUUAUUUUAUCACAUCACACUCUAAAAGUUAUUUCUUUAAGCAAAUUGUACAUUUAAAGUAGAGAAAAAAAAUGUCCUCGUAAUAUUGGGAUGAAAAUGUAAUGUAUUAUCGAGCAAUAUUUCAACAGAUACAGCCAGGAAAUAUUUGAAAAAUUUUUCUGUACAGCUUCAUGGUUAAAUAAAAAAAAACUUUGAGCAGAAAACAUUUUCAUGAUGUUUAAGAACCAUGCACUGGCAAUGCAAAAUGGAAUGAUGUCAAAUGUUACCGUCGCAUAAAUGUAUGUACGUAUCUAUCCCCCCCCCACCAAUAUGUGUAGCUCGCACAUACCAUUAAAUUCAUAGGAAAUAGCAAUGUUAUUAUUAUUACUUAUACAGGAUAAAAAUGUGUCCGUGAUUUAAAUGAAAAUACGCUGAUUUUAUUUCAUAAUAUCCGGAGGAAUGUCUUUUUUUAGUCAGAAAAUUGAUUCGCAUUAAGUAGAAUCAGAUUUUAAUCAGUAAUAUAAAUAUAAUGAGGAUUUCAUGAAAUGACUGCAUUUCGAAAAGUUUACCUUGAUCCAAUCAUGAAUGGUAUUACGUGUUGUUAAUUUAAGAAUACUAUAAGAUACUACCUAUGUUUUACCCUGUAGAUAUUGUCAAACUAAAGAUAAGUCACACUCACGUGUGUGCACAGUGUUAUGAAAAUAUGAUAAAUAUAAAAAUAUGUAAUUGAUAGUCUAGUAAAUGUUAUAUAUUAUAAAAGCUAACUCUUUACGUACUUAUUAAUUGAUGUACCUACCCUUCAUUAUUUACAUGUAAAAAAUACAAAUAAAAAACAUUAUUGUUUAACGUAGACUAUUGGUAGUGGAUGGAGAAAAAUGUAAAUUUACCCAGGUAAGGGUAAAUAUUUAAUGAUAUUAUAACGUCCUGGACAAAUCGUCGUGUGUGAUGGUAAUAAUACUUCAAGAAGUCAUAUCCUCAACGUAUUACCAUCUAACAACAUCUCCAUAUAUAACUUCUUCUUACCGAGUUUAAAUGCCACAAAAAUAUUCAUUAAUACAUAUAUUUGAUGUGCUAUUGCAAAAUUGAGAAAUAAAAUCUACAAAAUACAUAAUUUCAAAAAGCUGAGAAUGUUAUCGCUUAAUAUAGCAAAAUUUUGAAAAGUUGUGAUUCACAAAAAUCUGUCAUCCUCUGGCGAAUAAAAAACCUGUUAUGA